AUGCAGACUCGUUGGGCCUUUCCUGGCCGUGCUUCCGCCGUGCAACCAGCGUCUUCAACCUCCGGAGAAGCUCUCCUACCACCGCCUUUCCCUCCUGACCCCCCUGACCCCCUGUCCCCUCUUUCUCCCCAUCUUUUCCCACCAUUAGACUCCACUCCUCCUCUUACCCGUUCUCAAACUCGUAGAUCCCACCUUACUGCCACCCAUGUUGAUACUGUCAUGACUCAAGCUCAACACCCAACUACAGCUUCAGCCAUUUCUCAAGCCACUAUUCAGUUUGGUUCGCUAGCUGAGAUUGAAUCUAUAUUUACUGUUCCUGCUACAGGAAACCCUAAAACCCUUUCCUCAUUCUCAACCUCUAGCCCUUCCCCCUCUCUGGAAAAGCUUAUCUUACCAGAACCAAAUUCCACCAAUUUCAAAAUCCUUCAACCUAACCACAACUCUCCCCUGCUCUCUAACAGUGCCUCUACCUCCCUAACUCCUUCUGAUCACGCUCCUCCUCCCUCUCCUGUAAGAUCCACCAUUCCCAAUUCUCAGCCACACACUGUCCCCCCACAUCCAAACCCACCUCCUAUUUUCCAACCCCAACCCCAAACCCAUAAUGCUGCUCCUACUCUAGCGGAAACUCUUCGUGUGAGAGGAGACAAGUCUCUCCAAAGACUCGCUCCAGUAACUAUCUCUGAAACUGGUCGACCUCGUGUGCUAAUCCCGGACUCUGUCUUCCACAAAGGCGCAGAACCAAAUUCCACCAAUUUCAAAAUCCUUCAACCUAACCACAACUCUCCCCUGCUCUCUAACAGUGCCUCUACCUCCCUAACUCCUUCUGAUCACGCUCCUCCUCCCCCUCCCCCUCCUGUAAGAUCCACCAUUCCCAAUUCUCAGCCACACACUGUCCCCCCACAUCCAAACCCACCUCCUAUUUUCCAACCCCAACCCCAAACCCAUAAUGCUGCUCCUACUCUAGCGGAAACUCUUCGUGUGAGAGGAGACAAGUCUCUCCAAAGACUCGCUCCAGUAACUAUCUCUGAAACUGGUCGACCUCGUGUGCUAAUCCCGGACUCUGUCUUCCACAAAGGCGCAGAGCUUCAUAAAGAUUUCAUUAUCUGCUAUUUUAACGGUCGCCCCCCCCCCCCUUUCAAGCAGAUCCAAAGUGUUCUCUGUCACACUGUUUCACUUCCCACUAGCCCCUCUGCUUUCAAUACUCCCUCUUUUGUCCCUACACCAACUCAGAAGUUUUUCCCUCCCACCGCUCACAUUUCUCCAGACAAACCUCAAAAACCAUCAUUAAAAAGAACCCGUUCCUCCCCAACUAUUUCCCCUACUGCACCCCCCAAAAUCACCUAG